CACUUCGGGUCGCAGUUGUAGCCGAAGACUUCAACUAACUGGUCGAAAUUGUUGUUCUCUUCGUUUCAUUUGAAUCAGUUGUGUUUGUGCGCUUGGACGUUCGAGUGAAUCGAGUUGCAGAGAAAAGAGAAAUGCAGCGAAUUAGUGGGCUUUUUGUGCCCUUCGUCCUGCUAGGGUUGACUUCGCUAGGAUACGCGUUAAAUGAAAAUGACCCAUGCACCAAUCCAGCCGGACAGUCCGGCCGGUGCAUCUACUUCCGUGAAUGUGAACCACUGUUGAAGAUCUACCAGAAACCGAUCGUCACACCGGAUGAGAGCAACUUCGUCGAACAGAGUCGAUGUGGACAGACGGCUGAUAGGAGACCGCUGGUGUGCUGUGCUGUCGUUGCCGUCAACCCGGGUGUCCGUUUGUCACUCCCGAAGCCACCCUAUUGCGGAGCAGAUUUCAGCGACCGGAUCUUCGGUGGUCAGAAAACCCUCCUGGAUGAGUUCCCCUGGACCGCCUUGAUCGAGUACCGCAAACCAAACGGACAGACCGGAUUCCACUGUGGUGCCUCGUUGAUCAACUCCCGGUAUGUCGUCACGGCGGCCCAUUGCAUCAAGGCGAUUCCACGUGGUUGGCAAGCGAUCGGUGUCCGUUUGGGCGAAUGGGAUCUGAACAGCGACAAUGACUGUUUGGACGGCGAUUGUGCUGAUGUGCCGGUCAAUAUGGGCAUCGAAAAGAUCAUUGUGCACGAAAACUACGAUCCGAAUAACAAGGCGCAGUACAACGACAUUGCGCUAAUUCGGUUCACCAGGGAUGUACAUACGUCUUCGUUCAUUUCCCCGGUUUGUUUACCCAUAGACAAUGUACAUCGUAAUCGCAAUAACGUAGGCACCAAGGGAUGGGCCUCAGGAUGGGGACGAACAGAGACAACCAGUGCAAGCAAUUUUAAGCUGAAGGUUGAACUUGAAAUCCAGGAUCUGACGAGCUGUUCCAACAUAUAUAGACCAUCUGGAAUCGCUCUCAGGGAUACGCAGAUUUGCGCGGGAGGAGUUCGCGGUCAAGAUACUUGCAGUGGUGACUCUGGCGGUCCGUUGACGAAGCUGAUAACUUCAAAUAACUUCCUGUACGGCAUCGUGAGCUUUGGACCGAACAAAUGCGGAACCAAGGGCGUUCCGGGAGUGUACACCAGCGUAGCCAAAUAUGUCGAUUGGAUCGAGAGCAAAAUGGAAUAGGAUGAUUUAGUAACUGGACGUUCCUCCAUGCUGGUAGAUGUUAUAUUUUGAAAUAUUUCCGUAGAUGAUGUGGAUAUAUAACAGUUUGAG